UUCAACUUGGCGGUUCAUUAGAUUAGUCUAGUUUUAGAGUGCAUACAAGUGUUUGAACAUCUUAUCAUCAAUGGCCUGAUGAAUUAAUCAAUGUGAUUUAAAUCAUUAAAAAUGUUUUAAUUGUAAAAGUUUCUUCUGAAUCGCCAUGGACCUUUACGAAAUUAUUAAUUUUCUAGUGUUUUUACUUCUGCCUUUAGUGUGUUAUUUUCUGUUUUUUAAGAAAAAUGGAGGAAGAAGCAUUUAUUCUGGUAGAGAUAUUUUCUACCCUUUGAAAUAUUACCUUGCCAAGAAAGUGGUGCAAGCGGCGCAAGAAAAGAGUAGAAUAAGUCGAGCAAAUUUUGUGAAAAAUGAUAUUGAGCCAGAAAUCGUCUUUACGUCUCAACAGUCCAGUCAUUUCCAAAGCUUUUCCGGAUGCGACCAAAAAGGCAACAGUCUUAAAUUGAAUUUUACACUGAGACCUAGUAAAAUUGCUGAUGUGAUUUUAAUUUUAAAGUUAGCCAGUGGCAGUAUUUUUACGUUUCCUGAUUCCCAAAAAGUUCAUCAAGUAAGUGUGAAGGAGCAGAUCUGGAAAAUAAAUGGCUUAUCAAUAGAAACACUAGAACCCUAUCGAAGACUUCGAAUAGUGUUCAACGGAUUGCUUCAAAAUAUCGCCUGUAAAACCCCAAAAAAAAUUGAACACAUUCAGUUUAACUUUAUAUUUAACUGCUGCUCAGCUCCCAAGUUUUACCCUGAGGACUGCGACACCAAUCUGAUAACCGAAACGUUGGCCACCCGACCCUGGAAGGAUGCAUCUUGGAAAAAGUUUCUAAAUGGCCAUCCGGAUGGUUACGAACAAUUCGGCGCGUUGUAUGGAUUUGUAAAAGGAGGCCCUUACGCAGAAGAGCAGGUCUUAAACUUACCUGCCUGUAGAACAAGAUAUGGAGGAGCCGAUGAUACGUUUCAACUAGAUAGGGAGAUAAACAUUUUCUUGGCCGAAGCUAACGGCGCGUUAAUUCACUUGACUUUGCAGUCAUUUAAGGAGGAAGAAUCACAGCUGAACUACGGAUAUAUUUGCCAUAAAAAGUUCAUGACUGUCCCAAUAACUGGCCAAGACAUCAAAAUUCAACAGCUAGCAAGCAAUAAAACCGUUCCAGAGCUUUUCGUCGCGCGAAUUACAUCUGGUUCUCACGAGUACACUUGCGUUUUUAAUGUGAACCAAGCCACUACACUUCGCCAAAAAUCUUAUUCUUGCUAUGAAAUAUUUAAUACUCAUGCAGAAUGCGGCGUUAACAACAGCCAAGGAAAAGCCCUGUUGGAGUUUCAGUAUUACGAAGAUAAAAGCAACCUGAAACCCCGGCAAUUGCCUGCGAUAUUGAGCGAAAAGAAAGUGGAAACUUUGCCCCAGCACUUGGUAGUUAGCAUUAAAAGCGAGAGUGCGAAAGUUUUGGAGAUUACUGGAGGCAAAGGGAAUUCAUUGGCUCUUCUCAAAUCGUUAGCCUCAAGUGAAUUUUACGUACCAGAUGGUUUUAUUGUUACAAUUAAUGCCUUCAAAAAGCAAUUGAAUGACUGCAGUUUACUGCGAGAAGCGGUUGAAAGGAUUGAUGAAGCGUUUUGUGGGCGAAGCGAUGCUAAAAGGGAGGAAACGUGCGAUUUGGCGGUGCGCCUUUUCCUAAACGAGCCUGUUCACCCGGACAUUGCCAGCGAUAUUUUCAGGCAUUUAAAUGACGUGAAGAUGGACACAGCUGAAGACGCUAUAGAUGUUUUCAGCUGGGCAGUGCGAUCAUCUGCAAUAGGAGAAGAUUCUGAAGAGCUUUCAGCAGCCGGACAAAAUGAGACAAUUUUAGGUUGCGUGACUGAAAACGAAGUGCUGAAAGCGGUAUCGAAAUGUUGGGCUUCGCUUUUCACCUACCAAAGUGUGAAAUAUCGAUGGCAACAUGGUUUGCCGGUGAAAUCCCAAAUGGCUGUAGUGGUUCAAAAAAUGGUACCUGCUGAAACUGCAGGAGUUCUAUUCACUUGGCAUCCAACGACAUCCAAUCCGUCGCAAAUGGUUGUAACGUCCAAUUUUGGACUGGGAGAAAGUGUGGUAUCGGGAAACUCCGAGCCAGAUACGUUUAUUUUGAAUCGAACUCACGAUGGAGAAGUAUCUUUGCUCGAUCAAGUAAUUGGAGCUAAGGACAAGGUGCUUACUUUGACUGAGAACGGUGUAAAAGAAGUAUCGUCUCCCGAACUGCUGGAUGGAAGUUUUGUUUUUGUUAACGGAAAAGACGUGAGCGAAAAUUGGAGCCUAGGAAAAGAGCAAGUUUUAAAACUGGGUCGAGUUGGAGUGAUGCUUGAGCGAACCUUUGGAGGACCUCGAGACAUUGAAUUUGCCUUUUUCAAGGGAGCUCUAUACUUACUGCAAUCCAGACCAAUUACCACCUUGUCUACCUGGACGGAUUUCGAAUUAGCUCAUGAACAAGAUUCGGCUGUAGUGACUGAGAACAGUUUGUACACUAGAGCCAAUUGUGGAGAAGUGUAUCCCCUUGCUCUCAGCUCUGGAGGGAGAUCAAUUCUGAACUAUAUAGAUGCGGGAUUGCAGUCAUAUAUUUACAAUGAGUUGGAUCCUUAUCUCAUGAAGACAUUGAAUGUGUUCCAGCACAGAGUUUUUAUUGACUGCAUUGUGAGUUUAUAUUUCAUUGAGGGACGCGAUGAAAUAACAAUGACAGCCAAAGUACUCGAUCUUGCCAUUUUUGGGCAUCCAGUAAUAAAUGAGAAGAUCAAUGCCACAGUUCGGGAUCGUUUAGGAACAGUGCCUCAAUUCGAAAAUUUUUGUAGCGUUUUCAGGCGUUGGAAAGACUCUUUGAACGUGAAACAAAUAGUCGAUAAAAGCAGAGAGAUCGUGAAAAAUACAGAUUAUAGAAUAAAAAGCGACGAUAAGGCCCAAGAUAUUUACACUCAAAUCGCUACAAACAAUUCCUGCUUUAUGCCCGCCUACUACCAUUCUUGUGUAACUUCUGCUUCUGUUUUAUGGCAAAUGCUCUGCAUGACUAUACUGGUUGGCAAAGAAAAAGAAUUAACUACCAAACAUUAUGCGGAUUUUGCAAAUGUGCUUUCAUCAUGCGAAGACGUGGAAUCUGCUGAAGUGCCAGCCUAUUUGGAGAAAAUCGCAGGAAUUAUUAAGGAUGAAGGAUAUUCAGAGGAGUUCUGCAUGAUUGACACCCGGUUGGGGCAAACUUGGCUGAAAUCGAAAUGCCCGACAGCACAUAAAAUAUUUGAGGAGUUUUUGGACAAACACGGACAUCGAUGCUUGGGGGAGUUUGAUCUCAUCCAAAAAACAUGGGGAAUGGACCCAUCUCAAGUGAUCCCCAUGAUUCAGGCCAAUUCCAGACAUUCACAGAAAACUGCCAAGGUGGCAAAGACCAUUGACCAAGUGAUCAGUGAAUUAGGGUCUCCGGUUAAUUUCUUAUCAAGGCCGAUACUAAAAUACGCGAUAUCCAAACUGAGGGUGACUGUUGGAAAAAGAGAGCAGUCCAAAUCCGCUCUAAUCAUGGUUAUUCAUAAAACUAGACUGGCUUAUUUGCAGCUAGCAAGCGCGAUGGUGCGAGAAGGUCUCAUGCCCUCAGAGAGUCUUAUUUUCCAUUUGACCAAAUACGAAAUCAGCCAAGUGAUCGCAAGGAGAAAUCCUACUUUAAUCAGCAAGGCAAUCAGACGGCAGAAAUUGUACCAGACAUGGAACAACUUGAAAUUCCCGGAGCUAAACUACAGCUAUCCGCAGCCUGAAAUGGAGUUCCAGGUGCCGAUAGAGCUUCUUCCUGGAUCCAAAUGUACUGGAACGCCCGUUUGCGUGGGAAGCGUUCAAGCAAGAGCAUGUGUGAUUACGCAACUUAGCGAAAUUGGAUCUCUCCAAAAAGGGGACAUUUUGAUCACGUACAGCACCGACAUUGGAUGGUCACCCUACUUCCCAAUGCUAUCAGGAGUUGUUACAGAAUUAGGAGGACUUGUAUCACAUGGUGCUGUUGUAGCGAGGGAAUAUGGUUUACCCUGUAUCGUGGGAGUGAAGAACGUGACUAAAAUAUUCAAAACAGGAGACGUUGUUUAUUUAUCAGGGAAAACUGGGGAAUUAGGAAAAGUUUAAGCCAAUAAUAGUAUUAAUAGUAGUUGUAUUAUGUAUUUCUUUUGGAAAACAUAAGUCAGCUAUGAAUGUAUAAAAUAUUCUUUAUUUUCAAUAAUAUAACAUUAUUAUAGGUUCAA